AUGAAGUUGAAAUGGGCAUCUACUUUUCUCCUGGGGACGGUGGCUGUUGAUGCCUUCAAACCCGCUGAAUUUUCCUACGAAUCCUCCGAAGCAGAGCGCAUCGACAUCGCCAAAUCCGUGACUGGCAGGAUCAAAUACCAAUCUCCUCCAGCCGAUUCGGACCUGAUUCCCAAAACGAAUGCUAAGGAUCCCAGUCAGAAUUGGAAGGUCCAAUGCUCAAGCCAGUAUGAGGGCUAUGACUGUGGUUAUGCCAUCGACGACCGAAGCGAUAGAUACUGGCAUAGCGACCCCACGAAGCAAGAGGAAGCAUCCUGGAUUGUCGUUGACCUUCGCAAGGAGUACUAUGUAUCCGGUCUGACCAUGCUGCCUCGGCUGGACAAAGAUGUCGACCACGGCCAGAUUGGCAAACACCGUAUCUCUCUCUCACAGGAUGGUGAGAUUUGGACCGACGUCGCAUAUGGCACCUGGGGAUCUAACAAGAGUCCCAAGAUGUCGGCCUUUAUUCCCAAACCAGCUCGUUUCGUGAAACUUGUUGCCGAAACUACAUCCCGUCCGGAUCGGUCACAAAUCAAGAACGGGAAGAUCGCCAUCGUUAAUCUGGCAGUUUACUCCUACAACGAAGGCACUUUUCCGGCCGAGGAUCCCAGCAAAGGUGUUUGGGGCCCCACGAUUAAUCUACCGAUUGUCCCAGUGUCAUCUGCUGUCGAACAACAUGGUGACAUUAUCAUGUGGUCUGCCUGGGCUGACGACCAGUUCUUCGCCUCUCCUGGUGGUAAGACCCUGACCACCACCAUGAACCGCGAGGGCAUCAUCACCCAGAGUGAGGUUUUCGAGACCAAGCAUGACAUGUUCUGCCCGGGUACUUCCAUGGACGUCGAUGGCAACAUUGUCGUCAGUGGUGGUGCUGACUCCGGUCGUACCAGUGUGUACAAUGGCACGGCGUGGGUGAAGGGCCCCAGCAUGGCAAUUCCUCGCGGAUAUCACGCAUCAACCACCCUGUCUGACGGUCGAAUCUUCACAAUCGGCGGGUCUUGGAGUGGCGGAGACAAGGUCGAGAAGAACGGCGAGGUCUAUGUUCCUGGUGAGACUCCAAGAUGGGAAAGACGUCCAGGCGCCAAGGUCGAGCCGAUGAUGACCGACGACCGUCUGGGAGCCUGGAGAGCCGAUAACCACCCCUGGCUAUUUGGCUGGAAAGAUGCGAGUGUCUUCCAGGCUGGUCCUAGUAAGAUGAUGCAUUGGUACAAUGUCGAUGCCAAAGACCACAAGGGUCGGAUCAAGGGUUCCGUGAGAGAGGCUGGAAAACGCAAGGAGGAUCACGAUUCCAUGUCUGGUAGCGCUGUCAUGUACGAUGCCACCAAGGGUAAGAUACUUACCUUCGGUGGCCAGCGUCACUACGAUGGCUCCUACGGUUCUAAAAACGCACACAUCAUCACUCUGGGCCUUCCCUACCAAGAGCCCAGAGUAGAGGUUGCCGGCAAAGGUCCUGAUGGUGCGAGGGAAGGUGGAAUGAACUAUGAGCGUGUUUUUCACACCUCUGUCGUUCUUCCGGAUGGAAAGGUCUUCAUUGUCGGCGGCCAGAACUGGGGCAAGCCGUUCCAUGAGGGGGAUAUCGAUUUCACGCCUGAGAUCUACGAUCCUGAGACCGACACGUUCGUGAAGCAGAGCCGUAACAACAUCAAGCGUGUCUACCACAGUAUCUCCAUGUUGCUGCCCGACGCUACCGUUCUUAAUGGUGGAGGUGGUCUCUGCGGGAACUGCUCUGCCAACCACUACGAUGCUGAGAUCUUCACUCCACCAUACCUCUUCAAUGCCGAUGGCAAGAAAGCCGCCCGACCAGAGAUCUUAAAGAUCAUCAACGGAAAUUUGAGAGUCGCCGUUGGCAAGGUACUAAGAUUUGAAACAGACUCUGCAAUCAAGUCUGCCUCCCUGGUCCGUGUCGGAACAACCACCCACACCGUCAACACCGACCAGCGUCGUGUGCCCCUGGUCCUUAAUUCAUUGCCGCAAAAUAGAUACACUGCUCGGCUUCCGGACGACGCUGGUAUCAUUCUUCCUGGGUGGUAUAUGCUGUUCGCUAUGAACGCUCAGGGUACCCCCAGUGAGGCGAAGAUGGUCAAGGUUGAACUCCCUUCUGGUCAUCGGUAUGAGUCUAGCAAAUACACGGAAGCGGAGGGAGAGAAAGAUCUCACAUCCGGCAAUAUUGGAGGAUCUCACUACUGUGACGACGACGAUGACGCAGUUGAGGGAUCAAUGUCUUUUAUCUUUGCUCUGACCAGCAACUUCUGGAAGACCUGGAAAUCGGUCUUGAUCACUAAGGCUUGA